AGAAAUACUGGCACGGCCGGCUGCGCUACCCCGUCGGACAACGUCUUGUCGACGACGAGACUGCACAGGCGCAGUCCUCCGCGCUGCCGAGCGUGACCGGGGCACUUUUCGUCGCCAUGGAGCAGCUUGCCUGGAACGCUGAUUUUGAGCCGCUUCUGUCUUCAUCAAAAAUGGCAGCAGCCGAAAAUCAACAAGGUGGAAGUGUUGGAGCGACAUCUUCGACAUCGGAGAUGUUGAAGGGAACCAGCUUGUCCUGGUGGGCCAAAACCCCGACGGCCCUGAUUGAGUACCUGCACUACCGCCGGCUGUACCGGUUUCGCCUGUCACUGGUCUACUACGACGCAAUCCCACCGGAAAGCCCGCUGAUGAAGCUUCUCUUUGCUUUCGACGGGGUUUUGACGAAAAAAGAAAAGCCGCGCCUCACUUUUCGAGAGCUGGACGUGGACGGGAUGUACGUUGCGCACGGGGCCUUGAAGUUGGAGCUACUGGAUGA